GGUACUCACUCCCUUAUAUGAAUGAUUACUUUGUAACCUUUCUUCCAUGAGGAAAGAGACAAAUCGUAGUGCCAUGGAACAGUGGUCGUGAAGCGAAAAAGGAAAAGAAAGCCAUCCCAAAAUUAACAGCUCAGACGUGUAUAUUUACUGCCACCUCCUCUCCUCCCAAAGUGAGAUAAGAGAGUGACAGGCCACCCAAAAACCACACCACAUUUCCUCCAUCUCUGUUUCCCUCUGCCGACGACCUUCUUAAUCUGUACCUGCAAGAGGGUUUACUUCCUCUCAAUCAUCUAUGGCCAGCCUUAGCUUCAUUAUUGGGAUCAUUGGCAACAUCAUUUCCAUACUUGUGUUUACUUCUCCUAUAGGGACUUUUAGGAGAGUGGUUAAGAAGAAAUCAACAGAGGAUUUCAAGGGUCUUCCUUACAUCUGUACAUUACUAAGCACAUCUUUAUGGACAUUUUAUGGACUGAUGAAGCCUGGUGGUUUGCUCAUUGCCACCGUCAAUGGUGCUGGUGCUUUCUUACAGUUCAUCUAUGUUACCCUUUUUCUCAUCUAUGCUCCCAAGGAAACUAAGGUGAAAUCCAUGAAGUUGGUGGCAGUAUUGAAUGUUGGGUUCUUUGGAUUGGUGGUAGGAUUGAGUCUUCUUGUGAUCCAUGGAGGUCUCCGAUUGACUGUGGUAGGAACUAUAUGUGCAGGUCUAACUUUAGGCAUGUAUGCUUCACCACUUGCUGUGAUGAGAACGGUGAUAAAGAUGAAAAGUGUGGAAUUCAUGCCAUUCUCAUUAUCCUUUUUCCUGUUCCUCAAUGGAGGUGUCUGGUCUGUGUAUGCUGUGCUCGUCAAGGACUUCUUUGUUGGGAUGCCCAAUGUCAUUGGUUUCGUGCUAGGAUCGCUACAGUUAGUGAUCUAUGGAGUGUACAGGAACAAGUCAGCCACCCAGAAAUCAACUGAGGAGAUGGAGGAAGAAGUUUCAGCUCACCUUGUGCAGGUAGCCAUUGAGAUGGGUAGAUACGAAGACAAGGACACUGGUAAGAGUAAACAUCGAAGCCUUCAGAAGGGGAGAAGCCUUCCCCAGACGUCGGUUGCUCGCCAGAAAAGCUUCCAGAAAAUCCUUAAAACGCAUUCUCUGGGUCUGCAAUCUUCGAGUUGGACUGACGAUGAUGAUGAUGAUGAUGUUGAGAAGGGCAGUGCUCAGAAUCACGUUUGAUCAUAUCAUCCUUUUCAGGAAACACAGAAGGACCAAUGAUGGUUUGCUUAGAGGGUGUUUGGUUCGGUAAAUCAAAUGGUGUAUGUAUCGGAUAUGAAUGUCAAUCUUUUGAUAGAUAUUCUUCUGAAUUAUGUUUCUUUCUGAAAAAUCGUUUGGUUGCCUUGAGGCUAGUA